AUCCGUUCCUAGAGCAAUCGCUGCCGCCGCCUCCACCGCUGUUUCAGCGAUGCCAGUCUAAACUCUCCCUGGUGGUCUUGUGGCUCCAAUUGGCGCUGUGCUUUGGCCCUGCACAGAUCACAGGCGCCAAAAGAAACUGAGAGACAGGAACCAGACUGAAGAGAGUGAUACCACAGGAAACUAGCAGAACUACUUGGAGCCAAAAGAUUGCUGGCAUGGAAUGCAUCAUUUCCAGCUCUCUCCCUGGCGUGUAUCAUCCUAUGUUCUUUCACAUCCAUCCUGGAGCACCUUAAGCUAUUCUUGGGUUAUCUCAGCUUCAUAAAGAUAUUUUAACACAGGACUUCCAGAUGAAGAAAUUGUGGACUGAAGACAGCUCUGUGAAAAGAAUGAAGAAUGAAGAGCUGAACAUGCUUUCAAACUGAUAAGUGAAGAAGCUGAGGCGAGUGAUGGGAGCUCACCAUGCUACACAGUGCUAGGAUUUGAACCGCUGGAGCAGAGACCAUCUCCACCAUCAUUAAGCCACUGAACCACUAAGCCUCUUAAGAGGAUUGGAGAUCGCCCACAAGUGCUAUAGAUUGUUGCUACUCAUGAGAAGACCUCAAGACAGCAAUCUCCAGCCAGUUUUGAGGACCAGGAGUUGUAGGAAUAGCCAACUAACUAUUCAAACCACAGUUGGUGCCUUUAAAAGGAUACCACAUUUCUAUAUAUCCUUUUCUAAUCUCAUUUGGAAAUUUCUUACUAACUUCUUUUCAGCUAUUAGAAUUUUUUGGAUAGAUAAGUCUAAAAAUACGAGGUUUUGAUGAACUCCAUGCUUGUUCUGAUCCUGGAUUCCCUGAAUAUGGAUAUAAAAUGCCCAGCACAGGUGUUUUCUUUGAAAGUUCAGUUGUCCGGUUUCAUUGCCAAGAAGGAUACAGGCUUAAGGGUCCAUCCCAAAAGCUUUGUGAGAGACAUUUUAAUGGCUCCCUAAGCUGGAAACCAAGUGAUAAACCUGUGUGCCUACAAGAAGGUUGCCUGAGACCACUUCUGCUUCCUCAUAGUUUCACUAAUAUAUCUCAGUUCAAGUCUUCCUUCCCCGUAGGAUCAAUGAUAUAUUUUCAGUGUUUUCCUGGAUAUAAACUAGAAGGUGCAGAGUUCCUUGAGUGCAUGUAUAAUCUUAUCUGGUCAGAUAGUCCACCUAGGUGCCUUGAUGUGGAAGUUUGUCCGCUACCUCCUAUGGUGACUCAUGGAGAUUAUAUCUGCCAUCCGCGGCCUUGUGAACAUUACAACCAUGGAACUGUAGUUGAGUUCUAUUGUGAUCCUGGCUACACUCUCAGUAAUGAUUACAAAUAUAUCACCUGCCAGUAUGGAAAAUGGUUUCCAUCAUAUCAAGUAUACUGUGUCAAAACAGAACAAGCCUGGCCAAAUAACCAGGAAACUCUUUUGCGAACAUGGAAGAUUGUGGCAUUCACUGCUACUAGUGUUCUUCUAAUGCUUCUGUUAGUUAUUCUUGCCAGAAUGUUCCAAACCAAAUUUAAGGCACAUUUCCUUCCAAGAGAUACUCAAGAGAAUUGCAGCAAUGGCCCAGACUUUGUGGUGGUAGAUGGUGUUCCUGUCAUGCUUCCUUCUUAUGAUGAAGCUGUGAGUAGUGGCAUGAAUGAAUUGGCACCAGGAUGUCCGCCUUCUGCAGGCCAGGGAUAUAUUUUUCAAGCAGAUGGUCAGAAUCCUCCAGCUUAUCCUGGACCAGAUGAUUUGAACAGGUUGCCAGCUGAAUUUGACACCUGUGAUAGCAUUUCAGGCUCUUCAGAACUUCUCCAGAGUUUAUACACAUCUUCUGCAUGUCAGAUGGGAGCUCAUCCUGUCUCAGACAGAACUGAUGUUAUCAACAGCACCACUGAAGAAGUAGCAUCAACCAGUCCAAGCAUUGAUAUUGCUGAUGAAAUUCCAUUGAUGGAUGAAGACCCUUAAUCUGCACAAAUAUUUCUCAUAUCUUGUUGGGGCAGGGGAAUAAAUCAUUUACAUAUGUAUACAUACAUAUCUAUAUAUCUAUAUGAAUACAUAAAGACUGAUUACAGAUGGAGGCAAGGAUAUUUUCUGUUUUUAUAAAUCUUCCUCAUUAUAAUGUCAUCAGAUUUUGUGUGCAUAUCUUAAAUGAACUUUGGGGUUGAAAGCAUCAGCUAUUCAACAGCAGCUUUACAAAAUGAAUCCUGAGGAUUUGAUGAGACUAAACAUUACAGGAGAAUUACACGUUCGUGGAAUAGUGACAAAUGUAUCUGCAUCGCAGGAAGCUUUAACAGAUGUUUAAAAACACCAAUGAACAGUAGACAAAAAGGUACAAGAGGUAUUUCAGAUAAUGUAAAUUCUGUUUUAUCAAAGCUGCUUCAUAUUUAUGAUGGACUAUAAUUUACAAAUUUAAUUUAUUGAGGGGAAAAUAAAUGAUUGAAAUUAAAAUCAAAGGGUCACUUCUAAAUUUCUUCACAAAAUUCAAGGUGGAAACCUUUACUGCAAGCAAAUAAAACACUUGGGCUCAAGGAAAAGCUUAGUUAUCGAGGGUAAUAACUCAUUGAAAGGAAGAUUAUAAUGAAAUUAAGUACUUUACAUGAUACUGUAAAGUAGGGGUCCCCAACCCCCGAUCCGUGGACCGGUACCGGGCUACAGCAUGCCAGCAACCAGUCCACACAAACAAGCAAAGCCCCAUCCGUGGGAUGCAGGCAGCACUCACACAAAACCACGCCCCCUCUUGUCUGCAGAAAAACCGGAACCGGUUCCUGGUGCCCAAAAGGUUGGGGACCUCUGCUGUGAAGAACACAAUAUGUCACAGGCAAAUGAUAAGAUACUAUUACUUCCUAAUUAUUGCAUUAGGGGACAUGGGGAUAGGAGGCAUUAAAUACUUCAUUGAACAUGAGAACAUAUAAAAAUACAAAAUAUUUUUAUUCAAAAAAACAAAGGGGAAUCUUUAUCCUCAGAUAUGUAGUAAGAGACCUGGAUUCAGUAGCAUCUAAGAGUCAUAGAAUGGUUAUUCUCAUGAAACAAAGGGAAAACUAAGUUGAGUAUGGACUGUUUUAGUGCUUUAUGACUGAAUAUCAUAGAAGAAAAUGCUAUUAGUUGGGUGACACUAAUCAGGUAGUGAUUGCAUAUACAGGUAACUUUGUAUAUAGAAAUUUUCAUUAUAUAUUUUUCUACUGUAUAGUCAUUUGGAUUGUGUAAAGACCAUUACUAUGGGAUAAAGAUACGACUAAAUUUUUAAAAGAGUGAGUUAUCAAUACAGUAAUUAUAUCUGAAAGUAACUUCAUUUCAUUUCAUUUAAAAAUGUGGUUAAAAUAAAUAAAAUGCUUAAGAAGAAUACAGACUUGAAAAGAUUGCUAUUUUUUAUAAGGUUGCCUGUAGACAUUAUAUCUUUCAGCCUUACAGUACUGCUGAACAGAGAAUCAGAACAAAGAGAAGCUUCUAUUGUGUGAAAGCAGCUAAAGUAUUCCUUUAUGAUGGACUAUAAUUUACAAAUUUAAUUUAUUGAGGGGAAAAUAAAUGAUUGAAAUUAAAA